CUCUCAAAGAAUUUGUUGUGCGCCACCUCCUGGGCUCCCCGGCAGCAGGUCUUAGCGACCGCAUUUCAUGUGAGCGCGGGUUCGGUUGAGCCCUCGGCCACCCAUGGCUCCUCUCACGCCGCAACUGCUGCUGCAACGUGGGCGACCCAAGACGGACAAGCUGGGGAAGAUUCAGAGUUUGAAUCUGUCCGGGCUGGAGCUGCUCUCUGAACAUUUGGAUCCCAAUCUCCUGGGGCGCCUGAAGAAGCUGAGGGAACUUGACCUCUCUAACAACUUGCUGGAGACGUUGCCUCCUAACCUGGGCCUGUCCCACCUGCGCAUCCUUCGCUGCACCAACAACCAACUAGGGGAUGUCACGGCCUUGCACCAGUUCCCGGAACUUGAGGAGCUCAGUCUGGAAGGCAACCCCUUCCUGACGGUGAGCGACAGCCUCAAAGUCUCCUUCCUCCUGCCCAAGCUUCGUAUGAUCAAUGGCAAGGACACGGCCUCCACCUGCUCACAGGUGGAGAGCCUGGAUCGGGAACUGACCAACAGGGUCACAGCUCACUGGCAGAAGUUCAGAGCCACUGUGAGCCCUGAAGAGGAAGCUGACAAAGUGCAGGCUGAGUUCAUGAAGUCUGCGGUCAGGGAUGUGCGUUACGGCCCCGAGUCUCUCAUCGAGUUCACGCAAUGGCGGGUGCGGAUGAUCGCUGAGGAACUGGUAGCCUCGGGUGGGGCCCAGGUACAAGACACUAAGAUACCAGUGGAGCAUCCCCAGGCUGCAGGCGCUGCCAAGCUCAGGGCCAGAAAGGUGGCUUCAAAACGACCAGGUAAUGACCCAGUCAGCCUCCCUCCCAACAAGCGAGCGUGUGCCUUCCCACCAGCCCAGACUGAGGGCAGUCCUGUGGACGCUGAUGGCACUGAUGGCGGCCAGGCUGCCCUCCACCUGGAACCCCUGCACUUCCUGCAGUGUCAUAGCAGAAACAACAGCCCCAAGGACCUGGAGACCCAGCUGUGGGCCUGUGCCUUUGAGCCAGCCCGGGAGGAGGGACACUCCGGGGCCACGUCCCAGACCGUGGCGACAUGUGGCGGAGAGGCUGUUUGCGUGAUAGACUGCCAGACGGGCCUCGUGCUCCAUAAAUACAAGGUACCAGGCGAGGAGUUCUUCUCGGUGGCCUGGACAGCCCUGACGGUGGUCACCCAGGCGGGCCACAAGAAGCGCUGGAACAUGCUGGCAGCUGCAGGCCUGCGGGGCAUGGUCCGGCUGCUCCACGUGCGCGCAGGCUUCUGCUGUAGCGUCAUCCGGGCCCAUAAGAAGGCCAUUGCCACCCUCUGCUUCAGCCCCACCCAUGAGACACACCUCUUCACUGCCUCGUACGACAAACGGAUCAUCCUCUGGGACAUUGGGGUGCCCAACCAGGAUUACAAGUUCCAGGCUAGCCAGCUCCUCACGCUCAACUGCAGUUCCGUCCCCUUGCGCCUCUGUCCUGUUGCCACCUGCCCAGAUGACUUCCUGCUGGCUGGCUGCGAGGGAGGCUGCUGCUGCUGGGAUGUGCGGCUAGACCAGCCCCAGAAGCAGAGGGGGUGUGAGGUGGACUUCGUCUUCUCUGAGGACUCCAAGGUGUCUGGACAAAGAGUGGAUGGACUGGCAUUUGUGAAUGAAGAUGUGGUGGCCUCCAAAGGGAGUGGACAGGGCACCAUCUACCUGUGGAGCUGGAGCCAGACGUGGGCAGGCCGGGGCAGCCAGUCAGUGUUGCCCGUAGUCAUCCUGGCCCGGCUGCAGUGGUCACCCACGGGCCUGGCCUACUUCUCACUCAGCACCUGUCCCGACAAAAACCUUGUGCUAUGUGGGGAUGAGGAAGGCAGUGUGUGGAUCUAUGACGUUGAACCCCUGCUGAAGCAGCCGCCUCCGCUAGCAACAACUCCGCAGCCCCCAACACAGAUCCUGAAGUGGCCUCAGCCAACAGCACUGGGCCAACCAGUGACCAAGACCAUGGUAAACACAGUCGUGGCCAACGCAGCCUUUACCUACCUCACUGCUCUGACAGACUCCAACAUUGUGUGCAUCUGGAGGAGACGCUAGCUGGCCUGCACGAGGCAGUGUGUCGGACAUGGCUUUUAGCUUGGGUUGGUGGGAGGGGUUUGUACCAGUGAGUAUUUUUUAUUAAAUUCUCUAUUAUGGAGUAGA